GCGUAUACUCGCCAACGUGAACAAAACAAUUAGUUUUGUGUAGAGUUCAAAGAUAUUCUGUAUAUUAUUGACACGUUUCUUUUUUUGUCAGUAUUUGAUUUAUUUCCCUCCUUCACGGAAAUUCGACGCAACGACGUGCUCGCAUCUAUAAUAUCAGCUGUCCCAUGUUGACAGUAUUUUUCACAAAAAUUUUUGUUUUCUUUUCGAUAAUAAAUUUUCAGACACGAAAUCGUCUUCUCAAUCGAAAUUCGAUGAGAGCUCUGCUUUUGAAGUCGUUGAUAAUGUUUUAUAGCCUCGGAACUCUGAGUAAUGCAGAUCAACCUAUUUUAAUCGAAAGAAAUUGAAAAAUGGAUUCCUUUCAUCAAUAUUAACCUACAAAUCGUUUUACGCAAAAUUCCGUUGUAAAGCGUAGCAAAUCGAUCUGAAAAGUCGUAAAAGUGUUACAUUGAUUCCAAUGGAGAACAAAGCAAAUUGUUCUAUACAAAAAAAACGGAUCAUCGUGGAGUCUAGCCGAUGCAGCUGACUCUGCAGAGUGGAUUCAUUUGUUAUUAUGUGAAAGUCGAGCAGUGAUUAAUAUUACUAGCAAAAUAGAGAAACAAAGAGGUAAAAAAAGUUGAGAAACAUGGGGUCGAUAGCGCUGGAGGAAUACGAGCUCAUGAAAGACUCGAAAUACAGAGUUUAUGUGUCUGCGGUGGACAAAGCACUGAAGAAUUUUGAGUACACAAGCGAAUGGGCAGAUUUGAUUGCUGCUUUGGGCAAACUCAAUAAAGUUCUGUUGAGUCAUUUGAAAUUUCCGGUCAUACCAAGACGCAUAAAAAUUUCUAAAAGAUUGGCCCAAUGUAUGCAUCCUGCUCUGCCAUCCGGUGUUCACUUGAAGGCACUGGAAACGUAUGAUGUCAUUUUCAAAUGUAUGGGCACAAAUAGAUUGAGCCACGAACUUUUCAUCUACAGCGCUGGUCUUUUUCCUCUUCUUGGCCAUGCUGCGAUGAAUGUCAGGCCAACUUUGCUGACAGUGUAUGAAACUCAUUUCGUACCGCUUGGCGAACGCCUCAGGCCAGGAUUGAGCGGCUUUCUUAGUGGAGUUUUACCUGGGCUAGAAGAAGGUUCAGAUCAUUUUGAAAGAACAAAUUCUCUUUUGGAAAAAGUAUGCGACGGUGUCGGUCCUGCACAUUUCUAUGCAUGUCUGUGGGACUGUUUAGCUUCAAAUUCAGGAAUAAGACUGCCUGCUAUAUCAUUUGUAUUGGCUCAUUUUAACAAAAAACUGCCCAUGGAAAAUCAAUUGUACAUCAUGGGUACAAACGUUAACAUUAUGGUUGCCGCCUUAUGCGCUGGUGUCCAAGACAAUUCUGUCCUCGUGCAAAGGAGCGCUUUGGAUUUGUUGUUAGUUGGUUUUCCAGUACACAACAGUCAGCUUGGGUACGACGAUAUGGUUUCGCUUCUUACAGCCGCUUUGGUCACGAUACUCCGUCGCGACAUGAGUUUAAACAGGAGAUUAUUCGCUUGGCUCCUCGGCACCGAAGUAAACUUGUCCAUUUUGAAGAAAAAAGCUAAUCCAGCUGAGGCCGAAGCGUCAGCAACGUAUUUCGAUAUGUAUUCGAAAAACAUGCUUAUCCAAGCGAUCAAAACUAUUUUAAGAAAUAUUUGCGAAGAAAGUCCACAGGAUUUGAAGCCUUACAGAAUAUUGGUCUCGCUGUUGGACAAACCCGACAUUGGACCUGUCAUUCUCGACGAUAUUCUGUACGAAGUUUUUAGGACUCUUUACAAUGCCUGUUCGGGCACGGAGAAGCCUUUGAAGUCCCACGAAGUCGUUAAAUCCGCGAAUCUUCUAUUCUCCACUCUGGAUCCGUCGUACGUUUGGGUCCACUGCGGUUAUCUCUUAGAGAAGGCUUGUCAGUCCCGAGUGAGCGGUGACUCAGCGAUAUCUGCUGACACGUCGAUCGGUCCGGUUGGUAAAGGGAUGCCAAAUUUGAUGGAAGUGUGCACGUUAACGGAAUUCCUGUUGGAAACUGUUUCACUCGAUGCGUUCGUGGAUACACCGUGCGAGCAUCUCCCAGGACUUUUCUACGAAAUAAUAAACAAACUCUCCAGCAGGCUGGAAGUCCUGUCGCCAAUUGAGAUAUCGACGAGUCUCAAUUUGUGCGGUAAAAUAUUGUCGAAAGUGCAGCCAACGGUGAUAACUCAAGUGGAUAAACCGAGCAGCGAGCUGGAAGGAAAAAACGACAUUGGAUCGGGUUUAACGACGGCGAUAACAACUGGGACGACAAAUGUCACUGAUGGAGAUCUCGUUCCAGUGAUCCCGUUAGAAAAGAGCCAGUCGGACAGUAAAUUAAACAAGCAACAAGCAUCGAACGGUUCUUUCGUCGAGCGUAGCCCGAGUCCUAGACGACGAGCAAAUUCUGGAGGUGCCCCAAAGAAGAGCGAAAAAAAGUCGAGAAAAAAAUCGAGCAAGAGCGUUUCAAGAUUAAACGAAGUGACUCAAGACGUUCGAACGAACUCGGUCAACAUCGCUGUCGUUGUCAGCACUGAUGAAACUAGGCAUAAAAGCGUCGACGAUUCAUCUGUCGAGUACAAGGACAGAGUUCUCGAUACUUCGGUCACAGGGUCUCUUUAUUUAUCGAAUAAUUUGUCACCCAUGAGUCCCAUGGGUUCUACGGGCUCGCUUAGCCGUGAGGCUUCCCCGGGUCUGCAGGCUCAGCACACAAUGCUCGAGAAAUGUUUGCGCCAGUACAAAUCAUUUUAUGUCAAAUUAGUAAGCGAAAGAAUCCUCGGUAGUGAUAUGACGCCGAACGAAAUGUUCGAAGCGCUCGUAAUUCCGUGCCCGAAGGAGAGCAUCGACGAGAGAACGAGGCAAUUGGAAUCUCUACUCAAUUCCAGGCUCAGUCUCGAAGAUUCCGGAUAUUUUAAUCAGGAUUUGUCAACUAAUUUCGAGGCAAAACCUUAUCCCGACGUUAUCAACAAUCUUUACGUAUAUUCCAUCGUACAAAGCAAUUGGGAAAGCGUUUUGAAAAUCGCAUCAACUUUGCUCGUGGAACUCUCCACGUUUCCAACUUAUUUUAUACCUGGUGAUGGUAGUUUCAACGACACCGAAGAACCCAGAAAGAAAGUCGUUCUUCCUGAUUGGCUCAAGGUUCUCGUAGUUUGUUCCUGUUGGCUGGGCAAACAACCUUCCUUGCAGGUCACCAGCAUUGCAACUCUGCUAGAUCUCAUUGCACUUUCGAAAGCUCACAGCGACGUUGAAUCUCAUCCUAAGAGUGGCGAAGGCAUUACUACCGUUGUCAUGGUACCACUGUUGAAAGAGUGGCAUGUUUCUUAUCUUAAACAGUACACCAAUGUCUUUCAGGCACUGGCUCAUUCGCUCUGGCAUCAUCUUGGCGAACUUCCGGCCCACAAAUAUCGCAUGCGGUGUGUCGAACUCGUACACGAGUUGCAUCACGCGUUACACGAUACUUGCGACGCGGUCGAGGAUGUUAUGGGCUCUGCGUUGACGAGUUCCAGUCCUGAAAAGCGAGUCGAAGCUUUCAAUCGCUUUGCCACUCUCUGGCAUCUUGGCCGUGAAAUUGAAACGAAUCCCCGACUUCGAGGCUGUCUCAGAAUUUUUGACAAAUCGUUGCUGAAGAUGUUGGACAACCUCCAGUUGCCGGAUAAUUCGCCCCUGAAGUUGCAAGCCCAGUCCUGGUUGUUGCAUUCUCUAGUCCGUGGAGAUUUGGCCCGAGUAGUUGAUCCGGUGUUAACGAUGUUGUUGGAUCCGUCGACGUGUCGAAUGAGCGUUUUGCACGUUAGUAUACAGCACAGUAAUACAGUAUUGACGAAGGAGGACGCGAUCGAGGAGAGAUCCGAGGUUCAGGAUGAGACCGAGGGAGCUGCGAAGAUUUAUGCCAUAAGCUCAGUUGACGGAAACGUGAUCUAUCACGUGAGUGAUAGCGCGGACGACGACAAGAAAGGUCGCAAAGGAAAAAAGAAAAAGAAGCCAAUAAACCCGGUGAAAGUGAAGAGAAUAUUCGCAGUGACGACACUCGCGACAGGUGACAACGGGAAUCAAUAUGUAACGGAGAGAAAUCAAUUUAUGAAGGAGCUCGAAGUGCCACCGAGUAUUUCCGGAAAUCGUAACAUUUCGGUCUUUGUUAAUCCGCUUUCCAGCAACUGUAACGCUAAUUCGACCGAUUCGUUGACCGAACCCGACGACCUUCCGUCGAGUCUCAAAAAAACAAGUUUGCCCCCAGCGGAGUUGUUGAAAAAUGCAACUCGUUUCAAAAAACCUGCUUUCGAGAAAGGCUCCACUGGGAGCUUCGACGAGAGUCUCUUCGAAUCGGCUAAUUCCAGUCGCGCCAAAGAUAAGAAUGACUCGAAAAAACUCAAUAAAGAGCUUGGAUCGUCUCUCGAUUCUAUUACCAAUAGUCUUGACUCUAGCAGCCCUGAAAAUGCUAAUAAAAGUCUCAACUCAAAGUCAAAAGAGCGGAAAGAGAGCAACGCCGUAAUAGGCACCUGUUUGAUCCCUGGAGGCUCUCGAGAAAUCGCUGGUACUCUUCUGAAAGGCAGGUAUCUCAGUACCAACGAAUUUUCGUCCCCUGUCUACGGGGAUAUGCAAGAAGUAAUGGGAAAUUUUGACGCGGCAAACGGUGUUCCUAGCUGGACAAUGGGCGACGAAGACGGUGAACUCGAUCUCAGCACGACAGCUGAAGAAUAUUUUAGCAAUUCCAGUGGCAUCAGCGUCGUUGAAGAAGUUUUAAACGAAGUUGUUGAUAAAGUAUUGGAAAUGUGCGACUACGUCGAGCCAACCAAAGCUAGUGAUGAAUCUGUGCAAUUGGAUAGUGGGGUGAAAAGGAAUUCUGGUGUCGGCGUACACAAUCUUCAUUCGCAUAUGCUUCUAUAUUGCGGCGUAUACGAUUCGACGAGAACUCUAUACGCUUUGAGAACGCUGCGUAGCGAGCUCGUAACAAAUACGCGAAUGUUUUUGUGCUCGGCAGCAACGACCGGAGCUGCUAAUUCGAGCAAAAAUACAGCACUCCUGACUCUCCUGGCACGUCACAGAAAAAGCGUUUUGGGACGAAAUUUUUAUGGUGAUGUUGCCAGUACUAAAUUCAUGGCAACGUACAGGAGCAGCAUGUAUCUCGAAGUUCUCAUCGUCGUGUGCCUUUAUUUGGUUCGAAGCUAUUAUCCCAAUUUAGGACAAAUGAGACUGACCCAGGAAGAGAUUGCUGGAAACAGACAAGUACAACUCGCAAGUGCAGAACUUUUGACUCUAAUAUUCUCCGAGCUUAUUGCGAUCGUGCGUGACUCCGGCAAAGGUUUCAGUUGUUACAUUGUUGAUUUGUUGACGAAGUGCAAAGUGCAAAAGAUAGCGCUUCAUUGUCUCGUUUCGAGCGUACUGAAUAUGAAAAACGCACAAAAAGAAAACGAGGAUGUAUCGACGUUCACAGAAGAAAUAGUACUUUUCAAUGAUCCUGUUUCGGAUAACGAUGUGAACAAAUGUAAAUAUCGUGCUAGCGAUCAUACGGAAGCUUUCCAAAUUCAGCUGUUAAGGCUACUCUUGGCACUGAUAAUGCUCGAGUAUCAAUGUGGGGCCCAAAAAGGCGACGAAACUGUUCCCUCGACGACGACACCAGCGACUCCUACUACUCCUACACGAUCGAUGACGAAUCUCACUGGUAAUAGUCUCGAAUAUGUUUCCGCUGCUCCGAUUCCCCAGCAGCCAAUGUUUCUCGCGAGUAUUCUCAGUGCGUUACAAUUGGAUCACAUGCGACAUUUGCACCAACACUGGACGACGCUCGUUACUUCGAGCCUUCCAUACAUGGGAGUGUCUUUGACGCAAGUUGUCACUUCGGUGAUCCAUCAAUUGUGCUCCAACAUUGAACAUCUCGCUUCGUAUUAUGUUAACGAUGAAGCAACUUUGCGGGACAUGAGCAACGUCGAAUGCUGUUUACCAGCUGAUUACACAGUCACCCAUCUCGAAGCUCUCACUUUUUUGUUGCAAUAUUGUUUGCUCGACACGGCCCAACAAAUUGGAUUCUCGUUUAAUCAACCCUUCAGCGGCGCUAUACAAACUGGCAUUCCCGGAGCUAACCCAGGACAAAUAUUUAACAAUCUCAUUCACGUUUUUACUCCGAGUCCAUUGUCACCGGAAUUGUCCGCUGUCAAAGACAAGAUCGUUAUAAGCGAACAACAUUUGCAUGCGAGAAGAACUGCGUUGAGCCAUUUACCUAGAAUAAUUGCUUCGCUCUCGGCUCUCUGGCAAGCUGUUUUGAUCAGCAAAGACAAUGAACAGGCAAGUUGCGUCGUUGGCAGUCCGAAAGUGGUGAAGCAUCAACUUUUGGAGCUUCUGUCACCAAUUUCGUUUCAUCACGGAGUCAAUUUUCUCGCGGCUGUUGCUGUAGCGUGGCACGAAAGGCGACAGCCUGCGGCGAACCCGAAAAAGGUUUUACCGGAAGCUUGUCCGAAUCAGCAAGUAAUGGUGGAUUUGGUGAGCGCAAUACGCGUUAUGCCAAUCGAUACUCUAGUCCAGACUGUUAACCACGUGAUAAAAACUCCGCCACCGACACACGGCGUAAAACAAGAUUUUUCUCUGGAAGUUUCGGUCCUCGAGUUACUCUACGUUUACAUGCAGAGCAACACUUCCCAAUCUCUCGUCGAGUCCUGGGCUUCGCUUCUCGGUCUUUUGAAAGAUGGUCUCUCCCUGACCGCACCUGCACAAUUCUUAUUGUUGGCGAUAUUGAAUGAAUAUGUUCAGAAAUGUCCACCCAUGUUGGAAAAAAAAGACAUCAGGGAUCUGCAGGACAUUACUGCAAAGUUGAUAGAAUCAUGCUCACAAAUAGCUGGAGCUUGUUUGGAACAAACUACUUGGCUCAGAAGAAAUUUGGCUGUGCGUGAAGAUGUUUUGGACGUUAGUGAAGGAUCGACGGAAGUGAGUCCUGGAACGCCACCGAAUUCUGCGUUCAGCGUACAGGCCCAAGCAGUUUUGGCCGAAAUAUUAGCCCCUCUGCUCGACGUUAGUUACGGCUCUCAAGAAAAAGAGAGGGUCGUAACGUUACUCACAAAUCUCAUGUACAACGUUACACCGUAUCUUAAAAAUCAUACAACAAAAAACAUUGCGUCAUUUACUGCCUGCUCGCAAUUAUUGAGCUCGUUGUCGAGUUACCAAUACACGAGAAAAGCCUGGCGAAAGGACGUUCUCGAUCUGUUACUCGAUCCUGCCUUUUUUCAAAUGACACCAGCAUGUUUGCCAUAUUGGAGGACCAUUAUUGAUAAUCUCAUGACACAUGACAAUACUACCUUCCGCGAUCUUAUGAAUCGGGUGUCGAUCGCUCAGAGCAGUGGCAUCAGUAUAUUUUCGUCCAAAGAACAAGAAUACGAGCAGAGAGCUCAGCUCCUCAAAAGACUCGCUUUUGUUAUAUUCUGCAGUGAAAUGGAUCAGUAUCACAAAUAUAUGCCGGAAAUUCAAGAACGUUUGGCCGACAGUCUUCGAUUACCUCAAGUAAUACCAUCGAUCCAAGCACAAGUAUUUUUCUGCUUCCGUGUGUUAUUGUUGCGAAUAUCACCCCAACAUGCGACUUCACUUUGGCCGGUGAUUGUCAGUGAAUUGGUUCAAGUAUUUCUGCACAUUGAACAGGAGCUUAGCACAGAUUCGGAAGAAUUCAGUCGUCAGAGCAGCUCGCACAUAAAACUUUUGUCAGCGUUGGAUUCGUCAUGGGCUGUUAACGCGAGUAACGGAUUACAAGCUCACGGUCAUCCGCACUGGCUUCAACUGGAACUGACCGCUGCCAAAUUGCUCGACUUGGCUUUGUUGUUACCAGCCCACCGAUUGCCCCAAUUUCAAAUGUAUCGAUGGGCUUUUGUUGGGGAUGCAGCAGCCGCUGGAACUGAGAACAACAAUCUCUCGUCGGAUUUUGUUCCUCAUAUCACAAGAAUCGCAAAACUCAUGGAUCUUAAGUAUCCGGAAAAUCCAACGGUAUCAGUACGUCCGGGGGAGCUGCUUUUGACGUCGAAUAAAAUUCGCUCGAUCCAGGAUCUUCAUCAUUUCUUCACGACUCUCAGUCGAAAAACAAAGAAUGAUUCACAGGCGCCGUUGAACUUGACACAAUUGGAAACCGUUAUUGAACAAGACUUCCUCGAAACAAUGCCGACAGUUCCAGCAAGAUAGUAGGAGAAGAAUUAUACCGGCACCGGUUUGGCCUUCGUAUAGAUGUUCCACAUUGCAAUUUGUAUUUCGUGCAAUAUCAUGGAUACUCGGACUGUUUGAUCGACCUCUUACCCAACGUUUUUUUUUUCUUUCUUUUUAAAAUUAUUAUUAAUCCUAUUUAUUGCCUGAUUAUUGAUAAAGUACGAGAAACGUGCGAUAGUUUGGUAGAGCAGAGAAAAGUAUAUUUAAUAAUGAAAUUGAAAAGUGAUUGGAUAAGAAGAGAGAUUUAUUGAUUGAACGGAGGAGACGCGUUAGUUUGUAUGGGGUCGUGUCGAUCCCCUGAUCCUAUUUUCACGCAUCGAGCUUCGUACACGUGUAUUCUUCUCACUCGGUUGUGAAACAAGUAAAUCGUCGAUAAAAAUCGGUUCUCGAUGUUCACACGAUUAUCUCGUUCGAUCGUGAUAUUAUAAAUAGUUUAGUUAUUUGUAUAUUGAUUAUUUAUACAUAGUGAUGUAACGAUAUGGAUCAUGAUGCGAGAAAUUCUCUAUUUUCGUUGCGAUUCGUCGAAUUGCUGUAUCCCGAACAAUUUGUUAUUUGAGUUUUGUACAACAAUAUUUAUUUUUUUUUUUCCUUUUCUUCAUUAUAUUGUCAUGUUUUUUUUUUUUCAACCAAAUUUUUCUCACGAUCCAUGGAAAACAAAAUCUAAUGCUAAGAUUGAUCCCCGAUUGUGAGAUGAUUCAUUAGAAACAAUCGAUUUAUUUUUAACGAAGAGUAUUUAUCGAAUGGAGAUUGUAACAUGUGAAAUAUUUUUAUACACGCCGCGAGCACUGUAGAUUUGGAUCGGAAAGCUUUGAAGAUUUAAAGAAGGUCAACAGUGAAUAUUGCUCCCGAGGGGUAAAGAGUGAACAUUACUCGCACCAUAUUAUGUCCUUAACGGUUCAAACGAAUAAUAAUUAUUGAAUGAUUCAAGAUGAGCGUUUUUUAUUUUAAUUAUGAAUUGUCAACGAUAUUAUUAUUCGUUCGUGUACAGUGUUGUUUGCCCUUGAACGAACCAUUCCCCAGUUCUAACAUUUUUCUACGUAGACGUUAAAUAUGCAUAAGAAUUAUAGAUAUGAAAAUGGAAAAAACAAAACAAAAGAAACUUACGAGUUUAUGCACUACACGGAUAAUGCGUUUUUUAUCAUAAGAAUAUAUAUAUAUGUAUACGAGUAAGAAAUUGAUUGAAUUGUUUUAGAAAAUGUUACUUGUGGAGAAAAAUUGCAUUUACAACGUUUGGGCGAUAUAGUUAAAUAGGAAAAAAGCAAACAAAAUAUUGAAUUCCAGAGUAUUUUCAAUUCUGAUGAAGUAUUUCAAAAAUACAAUUUGAUUUAUUUUCCUCAAAUCUUGGAAUGUAUUCCUUGCGGUAGGAGGGGAUCGCAUUGGAGGAUUUUUUUUUUUUUUUUAUUAAAAAUUCAUUGUUAUCAUUCCUGUACAAUAUGCUUUUUAAAACCUUAAUCAAAUGAUAUUUUUUUCCUGAUCCCUCGUGUAUUUGAUGUACGUCGAGGAGGAUUUUUUGGUGCUGCAGAAUUCUCUUUGAAAAUAAAAAGCGUAUUCGAAAUUUUUAUCACGAA